AUCCUGGGUGAUCGCUUGUGCGACAGCUUUUCUUUCCGAGGGUGAAAAAAAAUUAAAGUGCCACCAUGGGGGAUGGAGAAAUGGAGUGCUUUGGCCCUGCGGCCAUCUUCCUCCGCAAGCCAGAGAAAGAGCGUAUUGAGGCCCAAAGCAAGCCCUUUGACGCCAAAACAGCUUUCUUUUGUGUUGACAAAGAAGAGGAUUAUGUGAAAGCUUUUCUGGAGAGCAAAGAUGGUGGCAAGGCCACACUCAAAACUCUUGAGAAAGGGAAAACAGUAACAGUGAAAGACACCGAAAUCUUCCCCAUGAAUCCUCCAAAGUAUGACAAAAUUGAGGACAUGGCUAUGAUGACCCACCUUCACGAGCCUGCUGUGCUUUACAACCUCAAGGAGCGUUAUGCAGCAUGGAUGAUCUAUACCUACUCUGGACUGUUCUGUGUCACCGUGAACCCCUACAAAUGGCUCCCAGUGUACGACGAAAUUGUUGUUAAUGGAUAUAGAGGCAAGAAGAGGAUUGAGGCUCCACCCCACAUCUUCUCCAUCUCUGAUAACGCCUAUCAGUUCAUGCUCCAAGAUCGUGAAAACCAGUCUGUUUUGAUCACUGGAGAGUCUGGUGCCGGAAAGACUGUCAACACUAAGCGUGUCAUCCAGUACUUCGCUACAGUUGCUGUCUCUGGACAGAAGAAGGCAGAACCAGUCCCCGGAAAAAUACAGGGAUCACUGGAGGACCAGAUCAUUGCAGCCAACCCUCUACUUGAAGCCUAUGGUAAUGCCAAGACUGUGAGGAAUGACAACUCUUCCCGUUUCGGUAAAUUCAUCAGAAUUCAUUUUGGUCAAACUGGCAAGCUGGCUUCUGCUGAUAUUGAGACUUAUCUGCUUGAGAAGUCAAGAGUGACAUUCCAGUUGUCUGCUGAGAGGAGCUACCAUAUCUUCUACCAACUUAUGACUGGACACAAGCCCGAACUGAUUGAGGGUCUGCUUAUCACCACCAACCCCUAUGACUUCCCUAUGAUCAGCCAAGGUGAAAUCACUGUCAAGAGCAUUGAUGACGUAGAGGAGUUCGUCGCUACUGAUGACGCCAUUGACAUCCUGGGUUUCAAUGCUGAUGAGAAACUCAGCAUCUACAAGCUCACUGGGGCUGUGAUGCAUCAUGGCACCAUGAAGUUCAAGCAGAAGCAGAGAGAGGAGCAGGCUGAGCCUGAUGGCACUGAGGUGGCUGAUAAAAUUGCCUUCCUCUUGGGCCUGAACUCUGCUGACAUGCUGAAGUCUCUGUGUUACCCUAAAGUGAAGGUCGGAAAUGAGAUUGUGACCAAAGGUCAAACUGUACCACAGGUCAACAAUGCCGUCUCAGCUCUUUGCAAGUCAAUCUAUGAGAAGAUGUUCUUGUGGAUGGUCAUCCGUAUCAAUGAGAUGUUGGACACUAAACAGCCAAGGCAGUUCUUCAUUGGUGUGCUGGACAUUGCUGGAUUUGAGAUCUUUGAUUACAACAGCUUGGAGCAGCUGUGCAUCAACUUCACCAAUGAGAAACUGCAACAAUUCUUCAACCACACCAUGUUUGUGCUUGAGCAAGAGGAGUACAAGAAAGAGGGAAUUGAAUGGGAGUUCAUUGACUUCGGUAUGGAUUUGGCACAGUGUAUUGAGCUUAUUGAGAAGCCAUUGGGCAUAUUCUCAAUCCUUGAAGAGGAGUGCAUGUUCCCCAAAGCCUCAGACACUACCUUCAAGAACAAGCUUUAUGACCAGCAUCUUGGUAAAAGCAAAUGCUUUGAGAAACCCAAGCCAGUCAAGGGAAAACCAGAGGCUCACUUCUCCCUGGUGCACUAUGCUGGCACUGUGGACUACAACAUCACUGGCUGGCUGGACAAGAACAAGGACCCUCUGAAUGACACUGUGGUGCAGCUGUACCAGAAGUCAUCAGUGAAACUGCUGGCCCUGUUGUAUUAUGCUCCUCCUGAGGAUGCUGCUGCUGCUGGCAAGAGGGGUGGAAAGAAAAAGAAGGGUGGUUCCUUCCAGACUGUGUCUUGUCUCUUCAGGGAGAAUUUGGGCAAGCUGAUGACCAAUCUGAGGAGCACCCAUCCUCACUUUGUGCGCUGCUUGAUUCCUAAUGAGUCAAAGACUCCUGGUCUGAUGGAGAACUACCUGGUGCUUCACCAGCUGAGAUGCAAUGGUGUACUGGAGGGUAUCAGAAUCUGCAGAAAGGGCUUCCCCAGCAGAAUUCUUUAUGCUGAUUUCAAACAGAGAUACAAGGUCUUGAAUGCCAGCGUCAUCCCAGAUGGUCAGUUCAUUGACAACAAGAAGGCUUCAGAGAAACUCUUGGGCUCCAUCAAUGUGGACCACACUCAGUACAUGUUUGGGAGCACUAAGGUGUUUUUCAAAGCUGGUCUGCUGGGUCAGCUUGAGGAGAUGCGAGAUGAAAAGCUGGUAGCUCUGGUGACCAUGACUCAGGCUAUCUGCAAGGGCUACGUCAUGAGGAAGGAGUUUGUGAAGAUGAUGGAGAGGAGAGAAGCUAUCUACACUGUCCAGUACAAUAUCCGUUCAUUCGUGAAUGUGAAACACUGGCCAUGGAUGAAGUUGUAUUUCAAAGUCAAGCCUCUUCUGCAAAGUGCGGAAACUGAGAAAGAACUGAAGGAAAUGAAGGAGAACUAUGACAAAAUGAAGAGUGACCUGGAGACCGCCCUUGCAAAGAAGAAGGAGCUUGAGCAGAAGAUGGUUUCCUUGGUCCAAGAAAAGAAUGACUUGCAGUUAGCAGUAUCAGCUGAAUCUGAGAGUCUCACAGACGCUGAGGAGAGAUGUGAGGGACUUAUUAAGAGUAAAAUCCAGAUGGAGACCAAACUCAAAGAGGUAACCGAGAGGCUGGAGGAAGAAGAAGAGCUCAAUGCUGAGCUCACUGGUAGGAGGAGGAAACUUGAGGAUGAGCUCGCAGAGGUGAAGAAAGACAUGGACGACAUGGGGCUUAACAUGGCCAAACUGGAGAAGGAGAAGCAUGCCAUAGAAAACAAGGUUAAAAACCUUAACGAGGAGAUGGCCAAUCAGCUGGAGGAUAAUGCUAAGAUGGAUAAAGAGAAGAAAGCCCUCCAAGAUGCACACCAGCAGACUCUCGAUGACCUCCAAGCAGAAGAGGACAAAGUCAACAGUCUGACAAAAUCAAAGACCAAACUUGAACAGCAAGUGGAGGAUCUGGAAGGUUCACUGGAGCAAGAGAAGAAGUUCCGCAUGGAUCUUGAAAGAGCCAAGAGGAAGUUUGAGGGUGACCUGAAACUGGCUCUGGAAUCCAUGAUGGAUCUGGAGAAUGACAAGCACCAGCUUGAAGAAAAACUUAAAAAGAGGGACUUGGAGAUGGGUAAUAAUCUUAGUAAGAUUGAAGAUGAGCAGUCAACUGGAGCUCAACUUCAAAAGAAGAUCAAAGAACUUAUGGCCCGUAUUGAGGAACUUGAAGAGGAAAUUGGAGCUGAGCAUGCUGCUCGGGCUAAGACUGAGAAGCAGAGAAUAGAUCUGGCCAGGGAACUUGAGGAGAUCAGCGAGAGGCUUGAGGAGGCUGGUGGGGCCACUGCUGCUCAGAUUGAGAUGAACAAGAAGCGUGAUGCUGAGUUCCAGAAACUGCGUCAUGAUCUUGAGGAGUCCACAGUACAUCAUGAAGCUACUACUGCUGCUCUUCGCAAAAAGCAAGCCGACAAUAUGGCUGAAGUGGCAGAGCAAAUCGAGAACCUUCAGAAGCAGAAAGCAAAGCUGGAGAAGGAGAAGGCUGAAUACAAGUUGGAGAUCGAUGACCUCUCCAGUAACUUGGAGGGUGUUUCUAAAGCAAAGACUAAUUUUGAGAAGCACUGCCGUGCCCUGGAGGAGAUGAUGAUUGAGAUUAAGUCCAAGAAUGAGGAACACGUUCAUGAGGUGACUGAAUUAUCUACCCAGAGAGCAAGACUUCAAAGUGAAAAUACUGAGAUGAGCCACCAACUGGAGGAAAAAGAAGCUCUUGUCUCUCAACUGUCCAGAACCAAGCAAGCUUCCACUCAGCAGAUUGAUGAGCUGAAGAGACUGCUGGACGAGGAAGUGAAGGCCAAGAAUGCCCUGGCUCAUAGUAUCCAAUCAGCUCGUCAUGACUGUGACCUGCUCAGAGAGCAGUUUGAGGAGGAGCAGGAGGCCAAGGGUGAGCUGCAGCGUGGAAUGUCCAAGGCCAACAGUGAGGUGGCUACCUGGAGGGCCAAAUAUGAGACUGACGCUGUCCAACGCACCGAGGAGCUGGAGGAGGCCAAGAAAAAGCUUGCCCAGCGCCUGCAAGAUGCUGAGGAGGUUAUUGAGUCUUUGAACUCCAAGUGUGCCUCUCUGGAGAAAACCAAGCAGAGACUCCAGGGUGAAGUAGAGGACCUCAUGGUUGAUGUGGAGAAGGCAAAUGCACUGGCUUCCAAUCUUGAUAAGAAGCAGAGGAACUUUGACAAAGUCCUGGCAGAAUGGAAGCAAAAGUAUGAAGAGGGCCAGACUGAACUUGAUGGAGUUCAGAAAGAUGGUCGCUCUCUCAACACUGAGCUCUUCAAGAUGAAGAACUCCUAUGAGGAGUCUCUGGAUCAGCUGGAGACCUUGAAGAGGGAGAAUAAGAACUUGCAACAGGAGAUCUCUGACAUGACUGAACAACUUGGUGAGUCUGGCAAGACCAUUCAUGAGCUGGAGAAGACUAAGAAGACCCUCGAGACUGAGAAGGCUGAAAUCCAGACUGCUUUAGAAGAGGCUGAGGGCACCCUUGAGCAUGAGGAGUCCAAGAUUCUUCGUGUUCAACUUGAGCUCAACCAGGUCAAGAGUGAGAUUGACAGGAAGCUGACUGAGAAGGCUGAAGAAGCAGAACAGGUCAAGAGAAACAACCAGAGGGUGAUUGACUCCAUGCAGAGCAAUCUGGACUCUGAGGUCAGAGCCAGAAAUGAUGCCCUGAGAAUCAAGAAGAAGAUGGAGGGAGACCUCAAUGAGAUGGAAAUUCAACUUGGCCAUGCCAACCGACAGGCUGCUGAGGCUCAGAAAGGACUUAGGACUGUUCAAGGACAGCUCAAGGAUGCCAACGUUCACCUGGAGGAAGCUAUCAGAGCACAAGAAGAUAUGAAGGAGCAGGUUGCCAUGGUGGAGCGCAGGAAUGGCCUUAUGCAAGCUGAGAUCGAGGAGCUGAGAGGUGCUCUGGAGCAGACUGAGAGAGCUCGCAAGGUGGCAGAGCAAGAGUUGGUGGAUGCCAGUGAGCGUGUGGGACUACUGCAUUCACAGAACACCAAUCUGGUCAACACCAAAAAGAAGCUGGAAAGUGACCUUGUUGCAGUUCAGGGAGAAGUUGAUGAAACCAUCCAGAUGGCCAGAGCUGCCGAUGAGAAGGCCAAGAAGGCUGCCGGUGAUGCUUCCACAAUGUCUGACGAACUGAAGAAGGAGCAGGACACCAAUGCUCACCUGGAGAGGCUGAAGAAAAAUUUGGAGACCAGUGUUAAAGAUCUGCAGCACCGCCUGGAUGAAGCGGAGAACACAGCCCUCCAGGGUGGAAAGAAAGCACUCCAGAAAUUGGAGACAAGGGUGCGUGAGUUGGAGUCUGAGGUUGAGGCUGAACAAAAACGUGGAGCUGAGGCCGUGAAAGGAGUCCGCAAAUACGAGAGGAAGGUCAAGGAGCUCACGUACCAGACUGAGGAAGACAAGAAGAACGUCGACAGGCUUCAGGAAAUGGUGGAGAAACUGACCGUGAAAAACAAGGCUUACAAGAAACAGGCUGAGGAUGCUGAGGAGGCGGCCAACAUUCACGUGGGCAAGUUGAGGAAGCUGCAGCAUGAGCUUGAGGAGGCUGCAGAGCGUGCUGACAUUGCUGAGUCCCAGGUUGCCAAGAUGAGGGCCAAGACCCGUGAGGGAAAGGAGGAGUAAAGAGUGAACUUACAACAGGGAUGGGCAACUUUCAUAAUAAGGAGGGCCACAUUUUCCCAUCACCACUAUCGGAGGGCCACAUGACCACGGAUCUGAUAGCGACUCGCAGAGUGCGAGGUGCAGUUGGACGGUCACUGCACGGGCGCUGCCAGAGAUGUUGUGCCCCAUGAAAGAUUUGAAUUUUGGGCCCCCUUAAGGACCCCUGUCAGUGCUGUCAGUGCUUGGGCCCUUAGAAUCUGUAACACCUUUCCCGCCCUAGCGGCACCCAUGGGUAUUGUUUGGAAGGAAUAGGAGAGUUCUUCAUCAGCCAACAGAUAAUUACAUACAGUAAUUACAACAAACUGAUUCACUAGUGGUUUAUUUUCAGUUAUGUUUUAUCUACGGGCCGCACUGAGUGAGGUGGCGGGCCGCGUGUGGCCCCCGGGCCUCCAGUUGCUCAUCCCUGACUUACAACAACCAGACAACAACAAGACGUCAUGUAAUGUGAUCUCUUAAUAAAUCCAUUUAUGGUCUUAAACUACACGCUCACCUCCUUUUGUUCGAUAAAGCCACUUUUGUUUUUCUGUCUUUUUCUUUAUCUUCCUACCUUUCUCACAUAACGGAUAGAGUGAUGUUACAACAAUUUCAAAUUUGAAGCCUGUCCGAACAGACCUUAGAGAUAGACCAAAUUUAUUUCCACUUUAUUAACCCCUUAAGACACGGCUUUAUACAUUUGUUGUUACCAGUAUGGCAAUGACCAAGUCGUAGUGCAUUACUAAAGGGCCUGUGUUGUGUACUAGUAUUAUAGUGCUAUGGUAGUAAAAUUUCAAUGACUAUUACAGCGUGCCACUGGAGGUACGGCGUGCAUUAAGGGGCUACACGGUGUGGAUAUUUACUUGAUUAUGUGUGCUAUAGUUUGCUAUGCUGUGUUUCCUCAAUUAUCUUUUUUUACACUUGUGUCCAGAAAUUGUUCAUGGCUUUUAUUAUGUUCACGUGCCUACGUUGCUGUUAUCAUUUGGUCAUUUAAUGACACUUUUUUCUGUGUAGAAGGGUAGUUCCCGACUAAGGCAAAAUGAAUGUCCCUCGGGUCCAUAGAGAUGGGUGGUAGUACUUCAUUUCUUGCAUGGUAUUGCAGUGAGAUCGGCAAUCCCCUAUGGAUUGUGAUGGUUACCUGAAUAUGGUAAUAUCCCUUUCGAAUUUUACCAUUUACUUUUGAAUAUAGUUACCAUGAACUUAAUAUGGUUAUUGUUGUCUGUACAUUAUUACUAUCUCUCAUGCGUAUGUAAAAAUCAAUAAGAAUGUCCAAAUAAACUACAAAAAAAACAAUGAACAA